AACUCUCCAUGCACUGACCACAGAAGGAACCUUCUCCAGGAGCUGCCGGCAGCCGAUUGGUUGGAAUGACGUCACUCUGGACACUCCUGUUGAAUCAGCUGAUCCUUCUCUGCACAUCCUGGUUCUCCAUCUGGUCUGGAUCACAGAGAACCGGGUCUCCUGGUUCCAUCUGGUCUGGAUCACAGAGAACCGGGUCUCAGGGCCUCUCUGGAGGGCGGAACGGUUCCACCGAGGAACCGCCGCUGGAGUUCACCCCCAUGUGGCCGUCAUGAGGCCGAGACCCGCUCUGACCCGUUCCCUCCGGUUCUGACCCCUGGUCCCUCCGGUUCUGAACCCAGUCCUUUUGGUUUUGACCAGUUCUGACCGGUUCUGACCGGUUCUGACCGGUUCUGUCCGCCUCAUAUUGAACCUGAAGAAACAGGACUGAAAGAACCGACUGGUGUUCAGGUCCGGCGUGAGGCGAGCCCGACACGAGCGCCGCGUGCCGAGAGUUUCCGAGCGGUGUGGGGGGGGGGCGAUGCCGAGAAGCGCGGUGCUCACGCGUGGCGUCAGAGCGGUGCUCACGCGGGGCGUCGGGGCGCCCCUUGUACGGCCACGGCGCCCCCCCAGUAGGUGGCGCCCCAGGCAGGAAACCGCUUCGCCUGCAGGACGGACCGGCCCUGAACUCCAGAAACGAAACUUUUAGAGCAAGCCACCGACUGAGGAGGAAAUCCCACUGCUGUGGUCACACACACACACACACACACACACACACACACACACACACACACACACACACACACACACACACAAACUUCCUUUCAGAGAAACCUGAAAACUAAAACACUCAGUGAAACUGAUCAGUCCUCAGAUCGCAGCCCGGAGCUCAACUCAUCUGAAGACCACCUGAAGUCCACCUGUAGACCACCUGAAGACCACCUGAAGACCCCCUGAAGACCACCUGAAAACCACCUGAAGACCACCUGAAGACCACCUGUAGACCACUUUGUAGACCACCUGAAGACCCCCUGAAGACCACCUGAAGACCCCCUGAAGACCACCUGAAGACCCCCUAAAGACCACCUGAAGACCCCCUGAAGACCACCUGAAGACCACCUGUAGACCACUUUGUAGACCACCUGAAGACCCCCUGAAGACCACCUGAAGACCCCCUAAAGAUCACCUGAAGACCGCCUGAAGACCACCUGAAGACCCCCUGAAGACCACCUGAAGACCACCUGUAGACCACUUUGUAGACCACCUGAAGACCCCCUGAAGACCCCCUGAAGACCACCUGUAGACCACUUUGUAGACCACCUGAAGACCCCCUGUAGACCACUUUGUAGACCACCUGAAGACCCCCUGGCACCUGACCGCAGUUUCAUGAUGCUGAAGCUGAUGUGGAGCCUGUCCCUCCUCUGUGCCGCGGGCUGUCAGGUGUCCCUGGUCGCCCGUCCAGGUCAGAACGUGUCUCUGACCUGUAACCUGACCUCCGGUCUGGAGGUGCUGUGGGUGCGGCUGCGCUCCGCCCGGCUGCUGCCGCUGCUGGCGGUGCAGGAGAGCAAGCUGGGCGCCGACACGGUGAACGUCCUGCAGGGGGACGGCGGGCGGCUGGGCAACGGGGGCCGGCUCGCCGGGGGGGGCGUGGCCCUCCACAUCCUGGACGUGCAGCAGGAGGACGGCGGGCUGUACUGCUGCAUCGGCAGGACCGGGGACGGCUGGACGCACCGGGAGCUGCAGCUCACCGUCAACGGAGACGACGGACACGCGGGCGCAGUGCAGCGGCCAUGUUGGACUCUGGGGGUGUGUGUGCUUCCAGCUGCGAUUGUCUUCGGCUGUUUGGUCUGUGUGGGCGGAGUCUACCUGUGCUCAGGGAAAGGUGUGUGUCGUCUCUCCGGUUCUGUCUCAGACCUGCAGACAGAAGCUCUUCAUUACUCCAGCCUGAAGCUCCCCGCUAAGCCCCGCCCCUCUGGGAGAGGAGGCUCCCCAUUGGUGGAGGAGUCUGUCAUCUACUCGACGGUGGCCAAUCAGAAGCCUGCUCACAGAGCGCGUGACCUGCGUUGAUCAGCGACCUCCUGUCCUCCAUCCUCUGCUUAAAGUGUUGGUUCUGUUUGGACUGCAUCAGAACCUUCCAGGUUCUGUUUGGAUCUUCAGAACGUCUGACUCACUUCUCUGUAAACAGUCUGAGCUCCACCUGCUGGCGGGAAAGAGACACUGCAGCUCGAGUCUUCUGCCGCCUGAUCAAUGAUCGCUUCGAUUGGUCUAUCUGUUGAUCCACUGAUCCAUAGUUCCGUGGAUCUGUGGAUCUGAGGAUCUGAGGAUCUGGUCCCACAGACCCUCCUUCAGUGUAAAAGUCAGUGUGAUUCAAUUCUCUGUAAAGUGCUUCUAUAAACUUUCACAAUAAAAGUAAGAGG